CUCUUCAUCAAAUGGUAUAGUCUCUUUGAAUGCAAUUGUCAGUUUGUUGUUUUGAUUUUCUCAUGAGUCAUGAACUACUUGGCUAUUUUCAUCAAGAGCAAAUUUGGAAAAAUUGGCCUCUCACAUUGAGUCCUCAUAGGCUUCUAAAAUAAUGAGAUUUUGACUCAUGAACAUAUUUUCUGUAAAUCAAUAAUUUGUGGAACUAUAUUUUGUGUGUCAUUUGAUAUGAGUUCAUCAAAGGAAGUACCAGAAAUCACAGAAGUGACCAAAACUGUAGUCAAUGGUGUAUGUUCACCAGUUGAGCCACUUACUUCACUUGCUAAUUCAGUUUCAACUCCAGCAUGCACACAACCGGGGAGCUCAGAAGUGGAUGGAACCCUGAAAAAAGAUGUGGUGUCUAUUGAGAAUGCAAUUCAAUUGAGUUCGAGUGUAACAAAAACAUCAGAAUCCAGCAGACCAAGUCCUUCCCAGCAUCAUGACUGUAAGACUUUGUUUACCAAUGUGAAAAUCUCUAAACCAGAGCAAAUAACCAAUGAUUGUACUUUGACUAGUGAUAGAAACUCAACUGCCAGCAAUUGCAGUAGUGAUGAUAAAAAGAGUACUAGUAAAAGUGCUAGUUGUAUCAAUAAGACCACAACUGUUUGCUGCUCUAGAGAAGGCACCUCGUCAAGUUCCGAUGUUUGCAGUAGCAUUCCUGUGAGUUCUAUUACAAUAUUAAGUCCUGAUGAUCCAGUGGUGUUACAAGCUUAUGCCCUCGCUAAUUUCAUUAUUGAUAGCAUUACUCAUUCACAAACUGUUAAAUCGUGUGGAAAAGUGGAAGAAACUCUAUUGAAAAAUGUGAAUCAUUUGAUAGCUAAACAUUCUAUAACAUUUCGAGGAAUGAUGAAGCGUUUGGACAUAAAUAAAGACACAGGCUACAUAACUUUUGUCACUGUUGCAAAUGAACUAUUUGAGAAUGAGAAGAAAAAUAUUACAUGGAGUAGAAUUAUUGCCCUCUAUGCUUUUGGAGCUCAGCUGGCGCUGCACUGUAAAGAAAAAGGCUUUGUGGAGUACGCCUCUCACAUCGGAGCUUUCAUGGGCAAAUAUGUUGCUGAUACUGCGGGGCCUUUUGUGAAGCAGCAAGGUGGAUGGGAGAGACUUAUUGAAGAGUUCCCUAGUGAAGACCAGCUGGGAGACACCAUGUGGAAGCUCUUCGCCUGGUCUGCCAUGGGGCUGGGCCUCGCUACAGCCACCAUGAUCUUUGCUUCUAAGCGCUGAGCAAAAUUUAAACUAAAGAAAAUAAUUUUCAUGUACUGCUGCUUUAUUGAUUUUUUUCUCAGAGAAAUUUACAUCUAAAAAUCUUUACAAAUAUUUUUUAUAAAUGGAAUUAGUAGUCCUUGAUUACAGCCUCUAACUUACAAAAAUGAAUUUCCAUUCAUAGUUGUGACUUUCAUUAGAGUAGAAGCUGGAUAGGAGGCGCCUGACUUGCUUUACUUGUUGAGGUGACAAAAUGAACUGAUCAGCAGUUAUUUAUCAACAUUAAAACAAACCCUGUAUAUAUUUUUAGCUUAUUUAUGUCCUGAUGUGAAAACUACUCAAAACAUUAAAUUUUGUUGUUACUCAAGCUUCAAAAAGCAAGUAUAUAAAUUAAAAUCUGAGUGUGUAUGAACUCAGAUGAAGUGAAUGCCAUUCUUUAUUAAAGCCUUAAGUUCAAAUAUUAUCUGUUGGCUUCUCUGAUGAAGUUUUUUUUUUGUUGAGGUCAAAGCAAAAUUUCUGCAACUUAUAAUAGAUAAGUACCUAGAUUAGAUUAGAACAGUAGAAUAGAUUAUAAGUUUAUCACAUGAUACUGUUGUUGGUAUUGUUUUUUGCCCAUUGUACACUUACAUGUGUUAAGAUUGUUAUACUAGUUCAAGCUUGCAAAGGUUACAUUUUGACAGUGGAAAGCAGGCUUCUACGUGGUUCAGAAAAAAAACUAAUUAAAAAACAAAUUUUAUUGUCAAGGCUAUUCCAAAACCAUAAAGCCCAUGUAUGGAAGAAGCUAAUGGAAUUUCAUAAUUCUUUCUUGCUGUGAUCAAUCUGCCAGGAAAUCCUACCAGUACUUUAUAUGUUGAUAAAGUGGUUUGCUGUAUUAUAGGUUGUAAAAUGAUACGGAUAAAUUUAAUAAUGACUUCUCAUUUAUAUACUUGAUACCCUCUUAUGAGUGUUGAGUACCUAUUACCUAUAUGGCUUAAGCUCUAAAUGAACAAAUAUUAAGUGGCAGCUUUUUGCAAGUUAUCAUUAUCAAUUAAAUUUAUUUUUUUAUUCAAGUUUGAAUACA